AUGGUGGCCGUGGACCAAGAAAGGUCCACAUUUCAUUGGCACCUCAGCAUCCCUCGACGACAGGGGAGAAGGCAACUCCCAACCCCGCUGGCGCCACGGCUGAGACGAUAUGGCGGCCGGUUCAGGCGUCGCGACAAUACCCCAGAGCGCCCAGCAGAGCGGGCAGCAGAGCGGGCAGCCGAGCACCUGGCACGGGAGACCCGUGAUGCAGUGAAGGUGAAAUGCGCACAAGCUGCACGGAAGCGUUGGAAGGAGAUGAAGGAACACACGCCAGCAUCUAGUUUCCAGAAGGCGAUGAAGCCUUCCAAAGGAUCGAGGUUCGCAUUUGCUUCUGAAGAAAGCAGGCAGAUGCUGAAGGAACGCUGA